AUGAUUGAAGAACAACUUCAACCAAAUUCUGCUAGUGGUUCAAGUGCACUUGAACAUGAUGAAACAUAUCUUUAUUCAAUACAUGCAUAUUAUUCUCAUCCAAUUGAAUUAAAUAUUUCUGAUCCAUUACCAUUAGAUGUUGCUGUUAUUGAUGCAUCAAUACUUCUUUAUAAUAUACGACAAGAAGCUGUACAAGCUAAUAUAUUUACAACUAUUUUAAUAGCAUUAAAAACUUUGGCUAGAACUAAACAAUCUUCAUCAAUCAAUGAUGAUAAUGUGAAUAAAUCAGCAUGUACAUUUGUUAUGCAAACAUUAAGUCAUCAAAAUUUCAUCUUAUGUUGUGCAGCUGAUGAAACUCUUGAUCGUUUAACACAAGUUAUUUGUGAUGGACAUUUUGUUGCUGAUAUAGCACAAAUAUGUUUUGAUUAUUUGAAAGAAUUUCAUGAUGUUUCAUUUCGUAUAGGUUAUUCAUUAGUACUUGAAUGUUUACAUCGUUAUAUUGAUGGAAUGAGUACAGGAUAA